AUGACGGUUAUUGCUUUCCUCAAACAUUACAAUCUAGACAAUCAGUACAAACUGAACAUUGAACCAAACCAUACCACACUGGCAGGACACGGAUAUGAACAUGAUAUUGUGAUGGCAUCAGCGUUUGGAAUGCUUGGAUCGGUGGAUUCUAAUACUGGAUCACCUGAUCUUGGCUGGGAUACUGAUCAGUUCCCAAUGGAUAUCAAGAACACCACCCUAGUCAUGAAGGCUGUACUGGAUCAAGGUGGUCUGAAGCCAGGUGGUUUGAACUUUGACGCUAAGGUACGGCGCGAGUCAACCAAUUUGCAAGACAUGUUCAUUGCACAUAUUGGCGCUAUGGAUAGCUUCGCUAGAGGACUACGCAAUGCAGUUAAAAUAAUCAAAGAUGGAGUUUUGCCGAAUCUAGUUCAGGAGAGAUACAGUAGUUACACUAACGAUAUUGGAGCUAAAAUAGAAAAAAAUAAGACAUCCUUUGAAGAAUUGGAGAAAUACGCCAUGGAGCAAGGAGAACCAAAGAAGAUAUCCGGACAACAAGAAAAAUAUGAAUCAAUACUGAACAACUACAUCUAGUAGUUUAUCAGUGGAUUUUUAUAAUUAAUUAAUGCCUUAAAAUACUGAUAACAUUGAUGAUGCUCCCUAUUUGCAGAAAUGUACUAUAUAAUGUCCUGUAACUGCUCUUAACCAAUGAAAUGGAUUAAGAAUCCUAUAUGGGCGUAAUUUGCUAUAUCACAUGACUAAGUUUGACCAAUCAUGCUGCAGAAUUUGUGAUUCCUGAUGUGAAUGAGUUUAUGUUUUCACUGUCAUUGUCCUUAAACCUGACCUGAGUUUAGGGAUGUUUCACUAUAGGAUAUGAUGUUUCAGUUUUACAUCAUAACCCUGAAUUAAAGCAUAUGGAUAUUUACUGACAGGCACACCUUUAAGUAGCGCCCUCUAGAGUUGUUUUGAAUUCACCUGAAAGGCCUCUCCAACAGGUCACUGUGAGGGCGCCAUAAACAGUCUAUGAUUAUUUCGUUAUAUAAUAUAUAGCUCACUCACAAACCAUUCAUUCAUUCAGGUCAAAACAAUGCCAUGGCUGUAAUUGGCCUCUUUACUAUCAUUUAUGUCACUAGAGGGCGCUAUGUAUUGCUGAAGAAUUGAAGAAAGUAUCCUAUCCUCGGGAGCGGAGCUAUGUCACAAGACUUUCCCCGCUGCUAACAAGUGCGCAACUGCACUAUGUAUUACUAUGGACUCUGUACGCGCUGCUGUGGAACACCAAACGAAAAGCCAGUGAAAAUAGCUAAAUUUGAAAAAACAACGCAAACUCAACUUUGAUGUAAUGCUGAACAACCAAAUUUAUAUAUGUUACACACGCAGGGUAAUCUUGUUACACUGUUCAGAGGGGUCUGAACAACUAUUUCAAAGUAUCGUUUACCGAGAUUUUGUUGCCUUUGUUUUCACCGUGAUGGUUGCCAGGUGGUGAAAAUGCCUGUAUG